GUACCUUUGGCGCUACCAAGGACCAUGCUGCAUGCUGGCCGGCGCGCAGUUCCUUCCUUUGCGCGACCGGGACUGCAGCAUUGGAGGCCAUUGCAAUCAGCCCAUCACAGAUUGUUUGCCACAUGGGACCACAAGCGAGAGAAGCUGCCGCAGGUGCAGCGAGUCACGUCGUUGCACCGCAAAGAACCAACGGCGACGACACCUCUCCGCGGCAUGCCAAACGCGAGCAAGCCCGGCGUCUUCCAAGACGCGGCACAAUCGCUUGGCGCUGACCGCGUUGAUGGCGAGUCGACUGUCGUGCCGCUCUUUGAAGAGAUGCUCGACCCGUACCACAGCAACCAUUCGGACAUGAACUUUGACGUUGACAGCAAUGCGCUGCGCAUGGGGUUUCCGCAUUACAAGAAUGAAUACGUGGACGAGCCUGGCGACGAAAUCCGCGAGGAAUUGCGCGAAGAGGCCACGGUCAUGGCGGAACGCGUGCUAUGCCGCAUCCGCCGCACCAUGGCCGAGAGAGAAGCCAACAAAGUACUACGCAAGCUCAGCUCGUACACGACCAACCCGCGUCCGACGCGGUAUUCGGUGGCUAAGUUCUUCGGUAGUUUGGAAAUCAUGAUGCACGCCGAUCACACCGACGAAUACGCCUACCUGCGGGCGUUUCUGUGUGGCAAGGAUUCGGAAAAGGCCGUAAUGGACACGGCGUCGUUGCUGCACCCCGACCAUCCCUUGUACGACGACCUGUGCGCCGUCAUUUUGGUGCACUGCAAACGCGCAUGUGCGACGACGCUUGCCCGCGUUCCCAACUCGACCCUGCCGUUCGUGAAGCGCCAGAUGCUGCGGCUGCUUCAAGCCAAAGGAUGGGACGACAUGGUAUCGUAUGCAGGGCUGUUGCACGUGCCACGGGACCGCAACGAGGGCAUGACCAGCCUGGAUGAGAACGAGUGGGUCGCAUUGACUCUAGAAGACGACCUCGCGGAGUUCGACCGGGACUUGAACGAAGCCAAGGCGGUGCUGGCGAGCGUGCGGCGUGACGGACACUUGACCAACCACGACAUGGAGAAGCUCGUCAGUGUCAUGGUGGCCUACGUCAAGAUGGCUAAAGUUAACCGCGACAUUUUGCAGCUCCUCGUGUGCGAGUUCCAAAACAUCGUCAAGGCGCCGCCGCCGUCGGCGGACGUUGCCAUGACCGAGACAACGCAAAAAGACCUGGCCAGCCAGUGGGUCGCGCCAGUCGUUGACUUCCUCUCGUCUGGCCGGGUGGACCUCGCCGACGUGCAGGCGACCGACGGCUUUGCCAUCGACUUGGUCCACCACCGCCACCGCACAGACGCCGCGAUCCGCCUCCUCCUCGACGCGCGGAUGCGGACGAGCCACAUUUACAUUCGCGGCCUCGACGAAGAAGCCCUUGACCGGACGAUGGCGACCAAAUCGGACGCGAUGCGCCGCGCCCUGCUCACGACCGCGCUCAACUUGGCCACCGUGCUCGACGAUCGCGAGUUCCACACAUUCUAUGGACGUUACGUUCGCCACAAGCUCACGUGGCGAUCGAACUUCAACACGUCCGUCGAUAUCUUCCUCAGCGACAUCGCGGACGGCCUGCCCAAGCAAAUCCCCGAAGCAUCUCGUUCAAUCCUGGUCGAGAGUCUGUGCCAAGUCCACCACGAUUUGACUCUGGAAGCGCUCAACGUGUGUCGUCUGCGAGUGUUGAACCGCGGCCGCCUCAUCCGCGCGUCGGCGACGCUGACGCGGGUCGUGGACGGCUACGAACCGCUGGAACACGAUGCCAAUCACGCCAGCGGCGACUUGGACACUCGAAUCGACUUGCCCGAAUCGUGGAAUGUCCGCCGCACAGUGUUUUACCACAACCUGCCGCCGAAAACUACGCCCGAGACGGUGCGCCAGACGUUCCAGAACAUUGGAGCGAUCAAGCGGCUGUGGAUGUUUGACGAGCCGCGCGUCGAACUGUCACCGGUGGUCGAACCAGUGGGCGAUGCGGAUGGCACCAACUGGGACGAAGACUCGCCCAAGAAAUCCAAGCGAGGGGCACGAAAGCUAGCCAAGGCCAAGACGAAAGCCGACGCGUCGGAAGGGUUUGACACCGACUCGAGCGCCGACGUGGCGGCAGACCGCGCGCCGCGGACCGAGGACAAAAGCCCCAAGACGCUGCAUGUCGUGGCGAGUGAACGGCACUCGACGAUGCAGUGCGUUGUCGAGUUCGAGACGGAAGAAGGCCAGAAGCGCGCGCUACACCCGGCGCUCAAGAUCUUUGGCGUGAUGGUGAAGGGGGCGGAAGAGUUGCGCGCGACGUUUUCGACCGCGCCCGACACGCGCACUGUCGUGACGAUCCAUUCGAUUCCGUUUUGCACACAAAUUCACCACAUCCACCGCCACAUCCAGGCGGCGCUCGGCGACGACUUGAAGAUCACGUUGGGGGGCGCCGCCUUGCCCGACUUGUUUGUGACGAAGGGGACGCUCGAACUUGUGUUUGCGACCUUUGACGAGGCGGCGGUCGUGGUCGACCGCUUGAAUUCGUACUUGGGCGCGAUGCCAGAUCCCAAGUUUGAAGUGCCGUUCGUGGCCAAGAAACAAAAGUAUGAACCGACGACAUCCAAGACGUUUGUGACGAACCCACUCACGAAGACCCUCCGCGCCAAGCGCGAGAAGGAGAAAGCGGAAGACCUGGCCCGCAACACAACGCCCACCGUGUACCUCCGCUACAAGGACGGGAUCCCCGAAGACAAACACAGGCCGUUCGAAGUGUCAUGGACGCCGGUGCCCCGGCGCAGAUCACGACACAUCUCGUAACUCCAAUAUAGACCACAUAGAGCGCAAUCAUCGCGUCGGAUA